UAUCUGAGAAUGGAUAUACCAUUUAAUGAAUCAAUAAAUCUAGUUAAAUUAAAAAUCGAAAAACAACAUGUAAGAACGUCAAUUCCUGCAUCAACUCGUUUACAAAUAUGCCUACGAUAUUUAGUAUCAGGAGAUACAAUGUGUUCGAUUUCAUUCGCAUUUAGAGUGGGAUUAAAUACUGUCUCUAAAAUUGUUAGUGAACUAUGUUAUUUGGGAUAUUUUAAGCUCUUUCUUAUAGUAGCUCUUUUUUUAGCUCUACAUAAUUAUAAAAGCACUCACAGCAUUGUUCUAUUAACUGUAGCAGAUGCUAAUUGUUGCUUUACUAUCGUCGACAUUGGAAAAGUAUUUAAUUACAUGCUUAGUCGGACUCGAAGAAUAAUCGAAUGUUCUUUUGGAAUUUUAUCGGCAAGAUGGCGAAUUUUUCGAAAACCAUUCUCAAUUACUAUAGAAAAUGCAAUUUCUGUAAUCUAA